GGAUCCCGGGAUCACAGAGACUGGCCUUCUGCUCUGCCCUAGGGACCAAGCUAGAGAUCCAGGCUCUUCCAGAGGAGUGAGACCACCAUGGCUCAGGAGAGGUUCUUCAUCCUGUUCCCACCACUGGUCCUGGUGUUGCUGGUGCUUGGCUGUGUCCAGCCUUCGCUGGCCAAGGAGUCUCAGGCCGAGAAGUUCCAGCGGCAGCACAUGGACCCAAACACCUCCACUGUCACUGCCGGCUACUGCAAUGAAAUGAUGAAGCGCCGGAGUAUGACGGUUGGACAGUGCAAGCCAGUGAAUACGUUUAUCCACGAGCCUCUGCAUAAGGUCGAGGCCAUCUGCUCCCAGGAAAAUGUCCGCUGCAAGAACGGGAAGUCCAACUGCUACAAAAGCAGCUCCAAGAUGCGCAUCACCGACUGCCGCCUGAAGAAAGGCUCCAAAUACCCCAAAUGCGACUAUGAGACCCAGCAGCUACAGAAAUCCAUCAUCGUGGCCUGUACGUAUAGACAGAUACAUGUACCUGAGUUAGUCCACUUUGACGGUUCUGUGUAGGUCUGCACCUGAGGCCAGAGCAGCGAGAUUCCCCACCUCCCUCAUGGUGGCACCUGCUUCUCCCCUCUCCCCUCCUUCCUCUUAGAGAAAGAACUCCAGCCAGGGCUCCUAUCCCAAAUACACACACAUUCUUGCCCAGCAUUUGCCCCUGCAUGGUUUGGGGGCGGAGGGGGGCCCGUGUGAACCACUUCACUGCUUCUUUCAAUAAAACACUGUUGCAACCA